GGGUUCGCUGCCAUGUGUGACAGAGUGUGUAUGCGUCGUUGACUUGUUCUACUCUUCUUGCGCAUCUUCUAUAGGCAAUCAAGGAGCGUGAUCUCCAAUCGAGACACGACGUCAUCCUGUCGCUGCCGCUUUUGCAACUGAUCCACCCCGCCCCCGCGCAUCUUCACCGCAUCCUACCCUCAAGUACGCGCCUGGGUUGCAGUACCGAGCUGUUCUUCUAAGAUCUCCAGACUCUAGAAGCUAUUCAGUAUGGCCGAUGAGGAGGGCGCUUCCCCUCGCGAGGUGAUUCUCGAAGCAUGCCGCCGUGACAACACGUCUCUCCUCGAAGAGGCCCUGGCCGACCUAGCCAAAGAAGCGAAAGCAGCUGGAAAGAAGGAGAAGGAGCAUGUCGCGCAGACGCUGAACAAGGCCGCUGACGGCGUGGGCAACGGCUGUCUACACAUUGCCGCGACGUACGGAAGCUACGACAUCCUAGACAUCCUUCUCGAUCAAGAAGGCGUCGAAAUCGACAACAUCGACCGCAUGGAACACGACACCCCCCUCCACAAAGCUGUGCGCUACGUCAACUCGCUCAACAAGUCCGACUGGGAGUCCGCGGGCCACCCCAUUGUCGACAUCCUCCUCGACGCCGGCUGCGACCCCAGGAUACGGAACAAAGCCAAGCUGAAGCCGCUGGAGCUAGUCGACCCUAGGAAUACCGUGCUGAGAGCGGAACUGCAGAAAGCAGAGUAUGCAAUGAAUGCAGGUGGCGAUGUGGUUGCGGAUGACGACGAUGGGCCAACGGGGAGCGCGAGUGAUAGCGACUAGGUUGGAUAAGCUUCAAGAUAUGCAGAGGACAUAUGGUCGGCAUCCCAGCCAAAAUGUGGCUGCGGCAUCGGCAUUUGGCAUUCCGCUCCCGGGGGCAUGUAGACGCCUAGGGACGGGGCAGGUACUAUCUGGGUAUCUGGACAUGAAUUCGAGAACAACUCCCAAACCAUCAACGUCGAGCAGCGCUGCCCGUGUAGUUGUGGGCCUCUCACCCGUAGCCCCAUUGCACAUCGGCGU